CUCUCUCUCCACCAUUAUCAUUACACUGCUUUCUCUCUCUCUCUCUCACACACACGUAGACAUAGCAAAGCAAAGCAAAGCAAAGCAAAGCAAAGCCAGAGAGCUAGAGCUAGAGAGAGAGAGAGAAUGCAUUACGAGCUGCGAUUCUAGAUCUGAAAUCCUUGCCAAGACACUGGGGAGAUGGGGGUUUUGGGCGAAUCUUGGUGUUUCUGCAAUGGCGGAGGCAAGUCUGAGAGAAUGAAAGCUGCCAUUUUUUCCGGCAAAGGUCCGGCCAUGGCGAGAAUCUCCGGCGGCGGUGGAGGAAUGUCCGGCACCGGCUUCCUCAUCCACAGAAAUCUGCUGUUGACCACGCACGUCAACCUCCCGUCGGUGGCCGCCGCUGAGUCGGCUGAGAUCCGCCUUCGGAACGUUGCCGCUGCUAGCCUUUUCCCUCACAGGUUUUUCAUCACCAGCUCUGUUCUUGACCUUACAAUAGUGGGUGUAGAUGCCAUGGAUGGAGACUCAAAUGCUCAGGGGCAGCAGCCUCACUACUUAAAAACCUGCUCUAAACCAAAUCUGGAGCUGGGUAGUGUAGUUUACCUUCUAGGCUACACACAGAAAAAUGAGUUGACAGUUGGUGAAGGUAAAGUGGUUAUAGCCACGGACAAUCUCAUAAAGCUGUCCACUGACAGUGUAACUUGGAGCCCUGGGUCUGCUGGUUUUGAUGUGCAAGGCAAUCUUGCAUUCAUGGUCUGUGAUCCCAUGAAGCUAGCUACAUCUCCAAACACAAAAUCCUCUUCAACGUCAUCAUCAUCGUCAUCAUCAUGGAAGAAGGACCUUCCUAUGCAAUUCGGUAUCCCUAUCCCCAUCAUCUGUGAUUGGUUAAACCAGCAUUGGGAGGGUAACCUUGAUGACCUCAACAAACCCAAGUUACCUCUCAUCCGGUUGAUGUCUGCUGGCCAGAAGAGUGAUCAUUCUUGUGCUUCCUUCACAAUGAGGAGGGUCUUCAAGUCAACGGAGCCUGAAAAUGUCGUAACACCAUCAUCAUCAAAUUUAAUGUCAAAAACAAAGGAUCAGCCAGGUCCAAGCUGUUCUGCUGCAGCAAAUACCUUUGUUGAUGAAACCCUGACCACCGAUCCACAUGCUGCAACCCAUGUGCAGGGGAUUCCAACACCAGAAAUUUAUGACUCACCAAAAUUAACCUCAGUCCCUGUAAGAUUGAAGGAAAAUACCCAAUUCCAGCUUUUAGAUAUUAAUUUUCCUCCAAAGGUUGCCAAAACUCCAGCUUUGCCACAGUCUACCAACAAGCUGGCCCCUUGCUCGGAUGAGAAUUGUGUCAAGGAACUUCCCCUGCAGCAACCAUUGAGAGAAGAAGAAAGAUUUAGUGGCAGAGGACAGCGUGGUCCCAUGGCAGAUGCUGACAUUUCCUCAACAGGUUCUGUAAAUGGGGGCCAUAGUGAGGUACAGUCCAGUUCGUCCCCAGUCGAGGUUUCAGAGAUGCAUAAUGGGUAUAGCAGUGAAGGAGAGACUACUAUGUAUUCUGCAGAAACAGCUGAAAGUCGUAAUUAUCCGACUCCUAGGGAGGGAAAGUUUCAGCAAGUCGGGAGGAGCCAGAGCUGUGUGAAUUACAACAGAUGGGGAGCUGUUCAAAGGAAUCCUGUGGUUCGCAAGACAGUGCUAGAAAACCAGAGGAGCUUUGUGCAAGGAAGAAAGAUCUAUUCACAAGGGGCAACUUCUCAAAGGAGUAAUGACUUCUACGGCCCAACAGUUUCCUCCAUCAUGAAAAACCGAAACAAUUCAGAUCAGCGAAACAGGCCGCGGCAAAACACAGUUCAUUCAUCUCCGAGAUGGAUGUUCUGACAAGUGUGAUACAAGUGGUCUUUUUUUGGUUGAAUGCAGAGCCAUUUAAUUUCCAUUUGCCCAUACUGUACCUAAUUUAUUGUGACUAUAUGUGCAGAACAAUUCAAAGAUAAAUAAGAAAUUCAGCAAGAGUUUUGUUUAUAAUCA